CACUCCUCUGACCUUCUUCCUACUGCAGAACUUCAGAUUCAGGCGAGUAGCCGCACGCACCUCGGGACGAGCGGAGUCUUGGGAGUUGGGAGAGGGGAGGGGAGGGAGCGUGGUGAGGUAGCGAGGAGCAGGAGGAUUCCACCGCCGUGGCAGCCAUGUCAGUGCAGGAGUACCUAGAGAAGCACCUGCUCUCGCGCAAGAUCGAGGAGGCCGUGAACGCGGCGGUCCGCGCCAAGGCCCCCGACCCGGUGCUCUUCAUCGCGGGCCAUAUGCGGCGCGCGGCCCCCGCCGUGAUUACCAGGGUGCGGGCGCGCCAGAUCCUUGACGGGCACGGCGCGCCGGCCGUGGAGGUCGAGCUGCACACUAACAAGGCCGUGCACCGAGCAUCCGCGGCCGGCGCGGGCGCGCCCGAAGGGGCCGCCGCCGACGCGGCAGGGGACUCCGGGAGGCGGAAGAUCCUCGCGAGGGCGGUUGCCGACGCGGUGCGGGUGAUCAACGACAAGGUGUCGGAGGCGCUCGUGGGGAUGGAUCCGCAGCAGCAGGCGCAGAUCGACCAGGCCAUCAUGGACUUGGACAAAGCGCGCCACAAGGCUGAGCUUGGAGCAAAUGCUAUGCUGGCAGUAUCAAUUGCAGCUUGCAAAGCUGGUGCUGCUGAAAAAGAGGUUCCACUAUACAAACAUAUAGCAGAUCUUGUUGGCAAAAGCGCUGCUACUAUUCCUGUCCCUGCAAUUACAGUCAUCAAUGGUGGAAAGCAUGCUGGAAAUGGUCUCCCCAUUCAGGAAAUUAUGAUCCUUCCUGUUGGUGCAAAGAACUUUGAAGAAGCAAUGCAGAUGGGUUCCGAGACCUAUCAUCAUCUCAAGGAUAUUAUCUUGGAGAAAUAUGGUGCAGAGAGUUGCAACAUUGGAGAUCAUGGUGGGUUUGCUCCAAAUAUUUCCAGCAUAUCUGAAGGCCUGGAUCUUGUGAUUGCAGCAAUAGAGAGGGCUGGAUAUAAUGGAAGAAUUAAAUUGGCGAUUGAUGUCGCUGCUACUGAUUUUUGUGUAGGUAAGAAAUAUGAUCUGGAGUUCAAGUCAACAAAGAAAUCAGGGCAGAACUUCAAAACUGCAGAUGAUAUGAUUGAAAUCUAUAGCCAGCUUUGUUCAGAGUACCCACUUGUCUCCAUUGAGCAGCCCUUUGACAAAGAUGACUGGGAGCACUCAAAAAAGUUGACCACACUAGAGCUGUGCCAGGUUGCAGGGGAUGAUUUAUUGAUGUCCGAUCCCGAACGCAUUAAGCGGGCAGUUAAUGAGUACACUUGCAACGCUCUUGUGCUUAAGUUAAAUCAAGUGGGCACUGUCACCGAGGCCAUAGAGGUGGCCAAGCAGGCAAAGGAUGCACAUUGGGGUGUGAUGGUGUCGCAUAGGUCUGGAGACACUGAGGAUUCUUUCAUCGCUGACCUGGCUGUUGGUGCUGCAGCCGGACAAAUCAAAGCCGGUGCCCCCUGCCGUGGAGAGUGUCUCACUAAAUACAAUCAGCUUCUUAGAAUAGAGGAAGAACUUGGUAGUGAAGGCGUCUAUGCAGGGGAGAAUUGGAGAACUGCAAGCACGAGCUGACCUCUUGUAUCGAUGAGGUGUGGGCAAAAUUGGAGAUCUUGACCUGCCUUCAUUUCUAGCCACUUAGCCUUUAACUGUUGUCUUGUCCAAUUGUGUUUAUGACCUCGGUAAAGGUGUGGAAGCAGGGCGGGGAAAUACACGAUUUUGAAUUACACGUAUUAUGGCAAAGGUGUGGAUGCACUGGUGCUGGUGGGGGUUUACCUUUUUUGUGCUGUUCUACUCGGAUUUGUUUAAUUUCUGUAUAGUCUGGACUAUAAACAUGAGUAUAGAGAGCUUGAGAAAAUGGUUUAAGAAAUAGGAAUGUGUUAAAACUCUAGUAAUACUGGUCCAUUCUUGCCUUGUGCAGUUAACCUCUUCA